AUGGCUGAUAGUGAGGCCGCGGCAGAUGUUGAGCGGACGGCGGUGGCUAAACAAAGGGUUCGUCAACCCGGGAAACAGAGAUCGAAACUCAAAAAUCAAGACAGGACACCUGCAGCUAAGAGAAGAUGCGUCUCAACUGCAUGCAUUGCGUGCAGGAAACGGAAGUCAAAGUGCGAUGGAAACACUCCUAGCUGCGCUGCGUGUUCCUCCGUUUACCAUACGCCAUGCAUAUACGAUCCAAACUCGGAUCAUAGACGCAAAGGUGUUUAUAAGCAAGACAUUGAUAACUUGAAGAACCGGAACACAACACUUCAAACGUUGGUCGAAGCAAUCCUCAACUACGAUGAAGAUGAUGUUUUGGACCUUGUGCGCCAGAUGCGGUCCAGCGAUGACCUGGAGGCAGUGGCGGAAUCUAUCCUAACACGGCAAUCUAAGAAGGAUGGUUCAAAAUCGGAACUCCCUUCUCGGAGCGAUGAGGACAUUGCUGCCUUUGGCGUACCGCAGUUUGAGUCCGAAUUGGCUGGAAGGAUAAGCGAGCUCAAGCUCGAUGGCACGGUGAAGUACGUUGGCGGGACUUCGAACUUGAUAUUUCUACCUGCCAGUUCCGAUUCCGAUGACUCGGAUCCAUGCCUACCCGGCUUAAGUAGUGCUGAGCCUCUGGAUGACUCGAUUAGAUGCUGGACUACGGUCACAAAAAGCAAGGAAUUGAUUCGUCACCUGCUCACGAUGUACUUUACAUGGCACUAUCCCUACUUCACGACUUUGUCAAAGAGGUUGUUUUAUCGCGAUUUUGUACGAGGCCGACCAAGUGAAUACUGCUCUGCUCUACUCGUCAAUGCCAUGCUUGCUCUUGGCUGCCACUUCAGCUCCUGGCCUGCCACUCGCGAAGAUCCCAAUGAUUCUGCAACCGCUGGAGAUCACUUUUUCCGUGAGGCGAAGAGGUUGAUCCUGGAACACGAUGAGCAUGAGAAGGCUAGACUCUGCAACGUGCAGGCUUUUGCAAUAAUGUCAGUCCGAGAGGCUGGCUGCGGUAGGGAAGGCUCUGGUUGGGUGUAUAGCGGCAUGAGUUUUCGUAUGGCUUAUGAUUUGGGGCUAAAUGUGGACGCGACGGGCAUUGGUUCUAAUCGGUUAAACGACCAAGAUAUAGACGCACGUCGCAUCACCUUUUGGGGGUGUUAUUUGUUUGAUAAGUGCUGGUCAAACUAUCUAGGUCGACAGCCACAGCUAUCCGGCGCGCAAAUUACAGUCCCCAAAGUUGAUGUUUUUCCUGAUGAAGAUUCAGAGAUGUGGUCACCUUACACAGAUGUUGGAGUUUCGCAAGAGCAUGUGCAACCUGCUCGGACAAGGGCGGUUGCACUGCAAAUUUCCAAACUCUGUGAAAUUAGCAGUGAUUUAUUGUCAAGCUUUUAUAAUCCUAUCCCUGUGAACAGACAUAUGGGAAAGCAAGAAGAGCUCAGACGACUAAGUCAGCUACACACCAGACUUGAAGCAUGGAGAAAAGAUCUGCCGAAAGAGAUGGAACCAAAGGAUGGGCAAUUGCCCCAAGUUUUACUUAUGCACAUGUUUUUCCAAUUACUUUUUAUCCAUCUCUACAGACCGUUCCUCAAGUAUACCAAAGCAACAUCUCCCCUCCCGCAGCACGUUUCUCCAAGGAAACUCUGCACACAAAGUGCUUCCAUGAUUUCGAAGCUGCUUCGAAUCUAUAAACGAAGUUACAAUUUGCGCCAAAUAUGCAAUGUCGCUGUGUAUAUUGUCCAUUCGGCAUGUACGAUCCAUCUUCUUAACCUUCCCGAUAAGGCGUCACGGAGAGAUAUUGUAUACGGUCUCAAAAACCUGGAGGAAAUGGCAGAGAGCUGGCUAUGUGCCCGCAGGACUCUUCGGAUUCUAGAUUUAUCUGCACAGAAGUGGCAUAUCGCUCUCCCCGCUGAAGCCACUGCCAUCCUAGAGCGGUCUCACGCGAAAUUUGGCUCUUGGGCUUCCUGGGAUCAAGUGCACUCUUCAUCCACUUCUGAUGAGUCAACUAAAAUGCCCAGCCAGGAGGCCCCAUCGAUCCCUUCAACCCGUGGAUCAAGUCCCGAUGAAAAUUUGAAAUCUGUUCAAGCUCAUCCUCAACCAGCAGGAACUCCGUUGCAAGCGAUGCCUCAGUUCGCCCAGGCUUUCCGUCCCGUUUCCCAGAAGUCGGCGAUACAUCCAUCGCAAUCCGUUAAAGACUUUCAAUGUAACCCAUCACUCCCAGAACCGCCUCCAAAGCCUUCCUGUUAUACAGAUGUGGAUAUUCAGCCAAAGUUGGAGGAUUCUGGAUCUCCGCCAAUUUUAACAGUGACUGAUACUUCCUCCACAAGUUUGGAAGCACCUCAAAUUCCAGCCUUUGCCGAGAUUGACAAUCUUGUGGAGGAGAGUCAGGAUUGGUGGUUCAAAGACCAGAACGCUUUAGCCCUUGGGCUAGACAACUGGGACUGGGGUAGCCCAGAUGGAGCCUGUGGAGAUAUUGACGUCGAACGGACGAUGCCGCCAACAAGCACGCCGACACCAUCUUUUGGAGAGAAUCCUCACUUGAUACCUGGUCAGGUUACCGGAGUGAUCAGCCCCAAUAUAGGAGUGCAUACUGCUCCCCAUGCCUACAGCGGUGGCUAUUAUGUCCCUGAGUCCACACCUGACAGCAUCAAUGUUACACAGGCUUUUACAGGGCCGCCAUCUGAACCUGGGAUUCACACCCCCAACCAAAUGUACUAUUAA